AAACUCCACCCUCUUACAACAGUUGCCAGGAAGAGACCGACUUACUCCUUUCGGUCAUACUGACUUUGUCUCGACAAAAGCAAUAAAGAAUCAGUGAACAAUGAAGAACGAAGAGGAAAAACUUUUAAGAAGGAUUUAAAAUGUUUGAUCCUGAACAGACAGCAGAUCUUUGUGAUUCUCAUGGUUAUUUAUUUUUGAAACCUUGAUUUAGAAAGUGAAAGUAAAGUUGAGAUUGCUGGAGCUCAAACAGUGAAAAUGGCUUCACUGUCUGAAGAUGAUUUUUCUUGUCCUGUGUGUCAUGAAAUCUUCAAGGAUCCUGUUCUUCUGUCAUGUAGUCACAGUUUCUGUAAAGAGUGUCUUCAAGAGUUCUGGAGAACCAAGGAAACUCAGGAGUGUCCUGUCUGCAGGAAAAGAUCCUUAAGAGAUGAGCCUCCUCCACUUAAUCUUGCAUUGAAAAACUUGUGUGAGUCGUUCCUGAAGGAGAGAAAUGAGAGGCGUUCAUCAGGAUCUGAGGAGAUCUGCAGUUUACACAGUGAGAAACUCAAACUCUUCUGUCUGGAGGACAAACAGCCUGUGUGUUUAGUGUGCAGAGAUUCACAAGAACAUGACAAUCAUAAAUUCAGACCCAUCAGUGAAGUGGUUUCAUCAUAUAAGGAGGAGCUCAAUACAGCACUGAAGUCCUUACAAGAGAAACUGAAACACAAUGAAAACAUUAAAGGAGAGUUUGAGAAAACAGUUCAACACAUCAAGUCUCAAGCUGAGCACACAGAGCGUCAGAUUAAACAGCAGUUUGAGAAGCUUCAUCAGUUUCUCAGAGAUGAAGAAGCAGCUACAAUCACUGCACUGAGGGAGGAAGAGGAGCAGAAGAAGCAGAUGAUGAAGGAGAAGCUGGAGGAGAUGAACAGACACAUCUCAGCUCUUUCACACACAAUCAAACACAUGGAGGAGAUGAUGAAAGCCAAUGACGUCUGCUUUCUGAAGAAGUUUCCAGUCUCAAUGGAAAGAGUCCAGAUCUCACAGCCGGAUCCACAGAUGGCUUCUGGAGCUUUGAUUCAUGUGCCACGUUACUUGGGCAACCUGCCGUUCAGAGUCUGGAAGAAGAUGCAGGACAUCGUCCACAACACUCCUGUGAUUCUGGAUCCAAACACGGGUCAUCCACGUCUCUUCCUGUCUGAUGAUCUGACCAGUGUGAGAUACAGCAGGAACAAACAACCUCUUCCUGAUAAUCCAGAGAGAUUUAGUGGGUGCCUCUGUGUUCUGGGUUCAGAGGGUUUUAACUCAGGAACACACUGCUGGGAUGUGGAGGUUAAAGAGAGUUCAUACUGGAGACUUGGAGUAACUACAGCAUCAAACCAGAGGAAGGGACGUGAUUUCUGUAACACUGAUGUCUGGAGUGUGCAGUACGGACUGACUAAUAGGUUUGGUUUUCCUGUUGAACAGAAGCUUGAUCGUGUGAGAGUGUAUCUGGACUAUGACAGAGGAAAGGUGUCAUUCUCUGAUCCUGUAACUAACAAACAUCUACACACAUUCACAACCACCUUCACUGACACACUCUUUCCUUUCUUCUGUUGUAUUGACUCUCUGAGGAUCUUACCGGCGUAAGGCCCGCCCAAUCUGUCUUUUCAGCAUUGUAAAAUAGUUUAAUUCCAAUUAAACUAUUAUCUGACUCAUCAGUUGAGCUGCUUUCAUCUUUUACACUCAUCAUGUUUUCAUUAUUUGUAUGUGUUUAACUUCUCAGAAAUGCUCUUAAAGGGAUAGUUCACCCAAAAAUGAAAAUCCUGUCAUCAUUUACUCUGCCUCAUGUUGGUCCAAACCUGUUUCUUUCUUCUGUUGAACACAAAAUAAGUUAUUUUGAAGAAUGCUGGUAAUCAAACAUUUUCUGAUCUCUGUUGACUAACGUAGUAUGGAAAAAUAUCAUAAUAAAGAACAAUAAGGUGUGUCCAAACGUUUGCCUGUAUAUUUGACACAUGAAGAUCCUCUUGCAGUCAGUGAUAGACAGUGUCAGUCAUGUUGAGCUGGUGCGGCUCCUCUCCUCUCUCUGGGAAAAGGCUGGAUGUGAGGAACAGAUAGAGGAAAGAACAGGAUGUCCGACGGAGAGCAGGGCGACGGGGGUGGGGAAUUGUCCGGAAGGAGCAGAGGGACGUUAAGCAAGCAGUCGCUUUGAGAGAUGGGUGGCAGGAAGUGUGGGCGUCGAUCUCUCCUCUUUUGCCCCUCCCAUUUACAUACUGGCUCCGCCCUGAUGCCACGCCCACCAGAGUCAUUCGAGUGUUGUUCUGUGGUUUGUUUCCUCUUCCUGUCUGUUAUUUCUAAACUCUGUAUCCACUGGCUGAGCUCUGAUGCCUUGUCGCUGCUGUUUACAUAUUUAUUUUUGUUUUUUCUCAUCACCUUCGGCUGCUGUCCCCGCCAGACUUCUUCAAACAAGUACUCUUCCUUUUCAGUCCAGACUCUCCCACGGGUCCUCGUUGUAGUGUUUAGCCGUCUGCCAUGAUGCCAGCACUGAACAUUGACCGUUUGCAGCUGUUUAUUCAUGGAUAUCUCAUCAUCUUUUUGAGGAUUUGAAUGUAAAAUUUUGGGUAAUGGCCUGAAUGCAUUGUCUUGUGUCUGAAUGCAUUUGAGUCCGUUUAAGGAUGCGUUUCGGUGAGGUCGACCUGUUAACGGGUCAGAACGGUCAACAGACUGACCCGAUGUGUUUCGGGUUGUGUUUAAGACUGAACGCAGGCGACGAUGGGGUGGUAAACUAGCAGACAGACCCGUCAGACCCACCGUACGGAAAAGCGGAGCGGGCCGGAGGUUAACCAUGUGACGCUUUCCACCGUCCUCACUAGUUUUGGCAAUGAUCCCGAAUCCAGCAGAACUCCCUGGAGUUUCAUCCAUAUUGGACUCUGGAGGAAGAACAGAGAUCAACAUUUUCAACUCCACAAAAGCCACUUUCACAGAUUAAAAUAAUUUAGAUUAAAAUAAAUAGGGGUUCUCCAUCUAAAAAUGCUGUGUUUUUUACCCAACUGAUGGGUGCAUCCUGUUGGGUCAUUGUGUUACGUGUCUAUGUUCAGUUUGGUUUAGUUUACUGUGUUCUGUCCCUGUUUUUCAUGCCUGUGUUCCCUACUUAGUUUCCUUGGUUGUUAAUUAGCUCCACACACCUGUUUCUGUUCAGUUGAUCACCCUCUCUGUGUAUUUAAGCCAUCAGUUUUUCUUUUCUUUCAGUGUCUGGUAUUGUCUUUGUUUCACUGUAUGUGGUUGUGUAUUAGUUUGCUCCUGCCAUCUCCUGUAUGAUACUUUGUGGAUUAAUAAAGAAGUGUUUAUUGGA